ACGCAGCUGGGCGGAGACAAAGGGAGACUAUAUAUACAGCGGUCGCCGGCUUCUCGGAAGCUUCCGCUCUGAAGAAUGUCUGCGAGCUACGACAACCGAUCUAGAGACAAUGGGCCCGAGGGCAUGGAGCCUGAUGGCAUCAUUGAGAGCAACUGGAAUGAGGUGGUGGACAGCUUUGAUGAUAUGAAUCUCUCCGAAUCCCUCCUGAGAGGAAUCUACGCCUAUGGUUUUGAGAAACCGUCUGCAAUUCAGCAGCGAGCUAUUCUACCUUGUAUCAAGGGUUAUGAUGUGAUCGCCCAGGCUCAGUCUGGCACUGGGAAAACAGCAACGUUUGCCAUUUCCAUCCUCCAGCAGGUUGAGCUGGAUAUGAAGGCAACACAGGCCCUAGUGCUGGCGCCGACCAGAGAGCUGGCACAGCAGAUCCAAAAAGUGGUGAUGGCUCUUGGAGACUACAUGGGUGCCUCUUGCCAUGCCUGCAUUGGAGGCACCAAUGUGCGGGCAGAGGUCCAGAAGCUGCAGUCAGAAGCCCCGCACAUCAUCGUGGGCACUCCUGGCAGAGUCUUCGACAUGCUGAACAGGCGUUACCUCUCCCCAAAAUAUAUCAAGAUGUUUGUCCUGGAUGAAGCUGAUGAGAUGUUGAGCCGAGGAUUCAAGGAUCAGAUCUACGACAUCUUCCAGAAGCUGAGCAGCAAUGCCCAGGUGGUGCUGCUCUCGGCCACCAUGCCUUCAGACGUGCUGGAAGUUACCAAGAAGUUCAUGAGGGACCCUAUCCGCAUCCUGGUGAAGAAGGAGGAGUUGACGCUGGAAGGUAUCCGGCAGUUCUACGUCAACGUGGAGCGGGAGGAGUGGAAGUUGGACACACUAUGUGACUUGUACGAGACCCUAACCAUUACACAGGCCGUUAUCUUCAUUAACACCCGCCGGAAGGUGGACUGGCUGACGGAAAAGAUGCACGCCCGGGACUUCACCGUGUCUGCGCUGCACGGCGACAUGGACCAAAAAGAGCGAGAUGUGAUCAUGAGGGAAUUCAGGUCUGGCUCCAGUCGCGUCCUGAUCACUACUGAUCUGCUGGCCCGUGGUAUUGAUGUGCAGCAGGUGUCCCUGGUCAUCAACUAUGACUUGCCAACCAACAGAGAGAACUACAUUCACAGGAUCGGCCGCGGUGGCCGUUUCGGUAGGAAAGGAGUUGCAAUCAACAUGGUGACCGAGGAAGACAAGCGCACAUUAAAGGACAUAGAGACUUUUUACAACACAACCAUUGAGGAGAUGCCAAUGAACGUGGCAGAUCUGAUCUAGACCCCCCAGAAGGGGAGAAAAAGGAAAAACAGAAAAAAACCGUAUAAUGGAAAAUACAAAAAAUACCCCCUGCCCCAGACGGCAGGGGCAGGGGGAGCACAGCUCCGGGCGCCCCUCCCCCUGUAUGCCAUGAUUCCUAUUCAGUUUUGUUUCCAAUAAAUGUUAUUUUGAGGUUAUUGUGGCCGUAAUCCUUGUGCUCGUGUCUUCUUCAUAAAGUGAACACUAAUCCUCCCUUCCCACCAAAUCAGUGGACCAAACCCCCCGACCCCGAAAUUGGAACUCAAUUUGGAUAUUCUUUUUACAAAAGUUUCCCCCC